GGCGGCGCGAGAGGCCGCCACGGAAGAUGGCGCGUGUUUCUUCUCGGUCGGUGUCGGCGAGCCCGGCAAGCGCUCAGAUGUGAGCUGGUGGGAGUGUCGAGAGUGUGUGUGCUACUGUCCACGGGCUGUGUCUAAUCGGCUACAAAACGCCUGGAUGUUACCACCGUCGUCGCACGCUGCCAGGACAUGAAUCUGACGUGCAGCUAACCGGGUUUCCCAUGGGUCCCAUCCAUCUCCUCGACCGCCUCCUGGGCGACGGCACGUGAUGAAGGAAGCCGAGAUCGUCUCUCUGGAUAGGCCCCUAACGGCCUGACCCCCGGUUGGUUGCCAUGGCCCGCAAGCAGCUGCUGGUGGCCUGGAGGGCGCUCCGGCGCCUGCUUUUCCUCGUCUUCAUUUGGAUGGGCGUCUGCUACGCCGUCUUCCAUUUCACCCAGGGCACGGGUAACUCGUUCCUCUCUGGACCCUUCCAACGGUCCCUGCUCCAGACGGCCGCUCCGCCAGAGCAUCACGUCCCCGUCGAACAGACCAAAACGUCGUCCACCACGAGACAGUCCUCGACCAUCACUCCAUCCACCCUGGCCAACCUGGUCAAGCAAGAACCCAAUCCGGCCGAACUCGUUGAUCUCAAGCCGCACGUGGACAUCUACCCGUCCCCGUCAGUGAAGAAGUUCCUGCAGAGGCUCUCCAACAUGUCCAACAUUCCGCAAGCCUACUGGGACAACGGCCGCAAGCCCCCAAUCAGCGCCAAGAGCUGCGUCAAAUACCCGCAACUGUACGACCUCACCUUCAACAACUUGUACUGGCAAAAGCUGACAGUGAAGAACGCUACCUUCUACAUCUACGGCGCCUACUUCGACAACAGGCCGCGUGUAGGAACCGUGCCUCUUGUUCGGAUCCUGGUCAUGGUCGACUGGAUCAAGCCGCCGCCCAUCGUCUGCCAGCUGUGGUACAACGAUGGCGCUUACCCGACUAUAUCCACAACGAAGUAUACGUACGCGUGGUACAGCAAGUGGGGGAACUACCAUGACGGUAUUCUGCAGCCUUUUAUUGUGACGUGCAAGGCUCCUUACAUCAACGCUAAGCACCAGGCACCCGCUUCGGUGUCGCUUGUGGAGAAGCAGUGCGACAAACCAGUGAACAAUGUUCGUGUCAUCAACAACCGUCCAGCCGUGAAGGAAGAUUUUGCGGUUUGCGUCAAGGGACUCGACUUCCUCAAGGAGGACCUGAGCGUGCGUCUUGUCGAGUGGAUUGAGCUCAUGAACAUCCUCGGCGCCAAGAAGAUCUUUCUGUACGAGCUUGAGAUACACCCGAACAUAUCCAAGACGCUUAAAUACUACCAGAACAAGGGCCUCGUGGAGCUCACUCCCAUCACCCUUCCAGGGGGACAACCCAACUUGCCCGGCUUGAGGCAUCAUUUCCUCAACAUGAAGCUGACCCACAAGCGACAGAACGAGCUCAUUCCGUACAAUGAUUGCCUCUACAGGAACCUAUAUUCGUACGAGUACAUCGCGCUGCUCGACAUCGACGAGGUCAUCAUGCCUGUGGAACACAGCACCUGGAAGGAGCUGAUGACAGCAGUGGUUCCGUUGGCCCUCAAGGCAAAGAACUACACGAGGGCCAGUUACAAUGUCCGCAACGUCUAUUUCCUCGAUGACAUGAUGACCGGCGAAGAGAAGCACGCCGUCCACGAGGAAGGAAUCCCAAGCUACAUGCACAUGCUUCAACAUGUGUACAGGGCCAAGAACUUCACCAAGCCCGGUUCGUACGUAAAGUGUUUCCACAACGUUGAUCGCAUCGUUUCGGUGCACAACCACUUCCCGCUGAACUGCUUCGGGACGUGCACCACGUACAGCAUCGACACGCCGUUGGCUCAGCUACAGCACUACCGAAAAGACUGUGUGGGGCCGCUUAAGAAGAGCUGCAACAGUGACUUCAAACUGUACACUGUGAGGGACACUACCAUCUGGAAGCACAAAGAUGAGCUCAUCAAGAGGGCCACGACAGCUCUCAGGGACCUAGGGUUUUUCUCAUAGCACUAGUGAGAUCUUCGGUGAGGUUGUGUACAGGCGAAAGGACCGCUCACAUCGUGUGCCUCUGGUGUGGAUGAAACUGUGUGUGUUAAUUCUUUUUUUUUUCUAUUUGAAUUGACAGUUUCUGCAUGGUCAUCAGUGCCAUAGCAGUGGAGUGUCUGUAAUCUUGCAUGUAAGUGCAAACGAGAUAGGUUUUUUUUUUUCUCUCUUUUGUCUAAGGCUGGAGCCCUAGGCCCGACUCCGGACACACAGUGCCUGGAAUUUAGUUAAAAGAAAUUGCGGUUUUGUAGAGAAGCUGCGGGAGCUGUUUGCACUCAGCUCUUUUUGUACAGACUUUUGCUUUGUGGUUGGCGUCGCUUUUUGGAACAAUCCCACGCGAGUAUUUCUUUUACUAUGAUGAAAGCUUAUUUCGAGCAAGGUUGGUUGCAUUUGUAAGCUAUUUCGGCACCGCGUUGCGUGCAUGGCGGUAGUCCAAGUGUGCUAAUGGACAUCUUAGUCUUGCGCUCGGCACAAAAUGAAUAUUUUUUUUAUGUAUGUGUGAUGUGUUCAAAGCUAGGAUUAAGUUGUACAUUUCCCGUUUUGUUAGUUUUGUGAAUUUGCCUGUGAUCUUGUUUAUGCAAGGUGUUACACGACAUUGUUUACCAUUUGCUAAUGCGUAUUUAUUACUGCGACCUUUAGGAGCAACUGCUGGGCAGGCAGACACAUAUCUCGGCUCUUGACGUGAUUCAAUUUAUUCCCCACACGUAUGCAAUUUAGCAGAGUAUCUUGCAAUCGACAAGAACUUGAUGCCGCCGCAGAGAACAAGACACCCUUCGAGAAAAGGGGGGGAAUCGUCCACGAUCAAGCCUACACAAGUUGCAAUUUCUACUUGGUAACUACAACCCGUAGUUAGGAUGCACGACUCGAAUGUCAACGAUGACUACAUAAUAGGAAAGGUUAAUCUUUUUUUUCUUCUGCGGAAUAAACGACCGCUGCUUUGUUGAAUAAAUGUUUUGUCUGAA